GCCACGCCCCCUGAAGGCGCGGCUGCGCAGUUGUCAAAAACGCAGCAGAAACACACUGAACACAGAGCUCCCAGAUUCAACCCGAAGGUGAAAGAUGUCUGCACUGAACGCGUCAAAUGACAAGUUCCGGGGUUUGAUCUCCAAGUCUUCUAAUGUCCCCUUGCCCGCACUAAUAUGCUCAAAGGUGCUUUUCUGCGCCAUGCCCAUCGCUCAGAUCGCAUUAGGUGCUGUGAACUUAAACGACUGUCCGCUGCAGCCUUACAUCCCCAUCUAUCUGAUCGUGUCGGGGGUCUUUAGUCUGCUGCUGGUGAUCCUGGCCGCCCUGCCCUGCACUCAGGGUUCCAACCAGCUUAGUUGCCUCUGCACGGCCUGGAACUCGCUGACGACCUUCUUCCUCUUCUGCUGGUUCAUCGCUGGUAAUGUGUGGAUUUACUCCAUUUACGAGCCCAACUACAACAAGAACUCCAACAGCACGGAGCUCUACUGCGACAAAACUGUGUACUUGUUUGCGUUCUGGACCUCGACGUUGGUCUACAUCCUCGCGGGCCUCCUCAUGUUCGGCGGGGUUUGCUGCCUUCUCUGCACCUGCCUCUGCAAGGCUGACCCAGACGACCACUAAAGGUCCUGCAGCUCGCCGAGUUUUUGAAUUCCAUGUUCUGUCAAGUUCAGAGAUAAGGUUGGAGGUAAAAAAAAAAAUAUCUGAAAAGAGUUUUUUCAGCAUCUUCAAAGACAUUUACUUAAAGUUUGGGACAUUUUUAACACUGGUUUUAGGAGAGUUUAUGUCUACAUGUUUUUCUCAUUCUGGGUUUUCUGCCUCUGCAGAACAUGUAAGGUUUAUUUUUCCUCUUAUAUUAACUCUAGUUCAUUUUUAAGCUAAAAAUGACACAAAAAAGGUCUAUUCUAAUCCAAGGGUAACAGUGGGGAAAAUUCAAAGAGAAUAAUAAUAAAACCUUAUUAGUAUAAAACCUUUGUUUUUCUAGUCAAAUAUUUCUAGUCAAAUAUUUCUAGGCAAAUUACAAAAUGUUUAGUUUGUUUGAUAGUUUCAAGAAAAACCAACAAACUAUUUGUGCUAGAAAACCAUGAACUGCAUUAAAAACAUUCAGAAAAAGCAAAACAAACCAAUCUGUCUUUGUGAAAAAAUUAUCUUUCCAUCUUUUCCACAUGCUCAGAUGAUGAUGUAAGCUACAAAUGAGACGGGGCUUCAUGAAGAAACGCACCAAAAAUAUCAUUUUAAGAGGAUAAAUAAUUGGAUUGGACUAAAUAUUUUAUAAUAAGAAAAAUUUAAUUAAAGAGGGAAAUCAAAAGAAAAAAUAUCUACAUAGCACAACAAACUUUGUUUAAAUACCAUCAAAAACACAAAGAAAUGCCUUAAAAAAUGUGUUAAAUGUAUGAAAACUUAAAAAUAUCACCUUUUGGGUUUUUUUAUGGAUGUAAAGUGAUUGAUUUCCAAAAGGAUCACAUGUAGAACUUGAGUAAUCCUCACGAUAUCAAGCAAAAUGCUUCAUUCCCCACACGACAAACAUUGAGGUGGUUCCUAAAAUGGAGGUUUUUCCAGGUCACAUCUUAUCACUGUGGCUUCUUUUCUCAUCCAACAUGAAAGGUUGGUGCUCCUGUGAUGGUCGUAAGUCUGUCUGUGUUCAUUUUAAACACCCACUCCAUGUUUUUAACAUGUCCUUGAGGCAUUUUUCUGUUGGAGGCCAUAUAUGAAGGAAAUGAAGCUCAAAAUCGGGUUUUCUUUUUUUUAUUUAAUUCAAAUUGGUGUGACUCCGGACAAAAGAAUGCUAUGAGACAAAUAUUGUAUUUGUGAUGUAGAACGUAUACACUGGUUGAGCCACAAGCUUCUUCCUCCGACUAAAUCAAUUUACGUCUUUGUUUUCCUCGUAUGAGCUGGCAUUUGGUAAAAAAAAAAACUGUAGGGUUGGACGGCUCCAAUAUUGCUCGCCAGUUUUGUUGCGGCGGUAGGUUGAGGGUGUGAGGGGCUGUAAGGUAGCAGGAGAGACAGCGUAACCAGAGGACUCUCAGUAAGGUGAGGACGGGGUGGGUUUGCUCCGCCCCCAACUCAGAGGUGAGUUUCUAAUGAACUUCUACUGAGUUCAUUAGAAACGAUGUCCUAGAAAACAACACAGGUUGUUUUAUUUAGGCUAAAACAGCAUACUUAUAAUUUUGAAGAAAAAAAAAACGCUUUGAUCAAAUGAUGAUCAGAGUCUUUAGUUUAUCUUUAUUUAAACCAUUGAUAUCAGGUUUUAAAAGGAAUUCUUAGAAGAUGCCCCGCCCCCUGUCUAUCAGGUUCUGUUAGUCCCUUUGUGGUACUAACAGAACCUCGUGGUACUUGUGGUUCUAUCUGCUGCUCGUCUUGUUCUCAGCUCAGACUUCCACUUAGAUUAGAUUAUCAGAAAGAGUGGCUGAACAGCAGCAGGUGUCAAUUCCCCUUGACUGUUUUCUCAGUACACGCUGACCCGAAGCACCACAAUGAAAUCACAAAAACCUUAGCUUAACAACAGCCUCCUGUCAACAGAGAGCUCUCCGUACCCUUUUCCUUGUCUCCAGAGUACACACAAACCCUUUGGCCUCUGUGUGUUGUUUUUUUUUCCUACCGUUGGCUGAGUUGAAGCACAGCAGUCCUCCACCACCAGAGUCUGAGCCGACCAAAGCUGCCUUUGGAUUCUGCUCGACUCCAAAGAUUCCCCAAAAAAGCCUCUACCUGCUGCUGCUCUGCAUUUCAAUAAAGUCAUUGAAACCUC